AAAUUUUUUAUAAUAAUGCUAACACAAUUAUUUUCACAACACAUGUGAUGUGUUCAUAUAAUAUUCGAAAUUAUUAUAAAUCCAAUGAUUUCCAAAUUUCUAAGGCAGAUUUUCGGUUCCUUCAUUGUUCUGUAACAGAAACUUAAACAGUCUCAUUCCAUUCUAAAUUUAAACUAGUUUUUAUACCACAUGUCAAUUAGGCCCGUCGCCAACAUAUGAUCGGAAGGUAACAGUAACUAAAUUUUUCGGGAUUUGCGGGAACAGGUAUUCUUGGUGGUUCCUCAGGAGCCCCUCAAGCAAGAAGUCAUGGAGACGGAUAAUGAGCUGACGUCAGGGACACAAACUGGCACCGAAGAAACGGUCGGAAGCUCGGACAUUAAUGCAGAUGAAGCUGAAGCCAUCACCCGUUCUAUGGACAUGUCUAUAGCAUUUUGGGGUACAUCAAAAGAACCACCAGAGAAAAUACCAGCCACCAGGCUGAAAUGCCCUCUACAGAAUCCUGGCAAAGCAUCUAGCGUGGCACUCAAAAUUUGGGAAAAAAUGACCCAAAGGGAUCUUGAUAAAGUUAAGGAAAUUGAAGUUUCACUCAUGACUGAAGGAGAGAUUGGGACGGUAGUUCUCUUUAAUGCACUCAAAUAUAUUAUAGAAAGCAUCGGGAUGGAAUUCGAAGAAAUGCUUAAGAGUGUCGACGAAGAUCCUAUAGAAUCAACUAUUUCGCUAACGAAUGAAAUCCUGCACAUUUUCAACCUCAAUGAGCCCCCAGAGAUUGUGGAAGAUGAAGAAUGUAGUAGUUAUAUACACUAUAGCCCCAUCAGCAAUGUAUCUAAGCAAACCGAGAAGCAAAGGAAAGAUAUAUCGAACAAAAUGAAAAUUCUGAUAAAUAAAGCUCACGAGAUGGGUAUUCAUGAUGUCCGGGUCCCAUCUUCUCCUUACCUGUCAGAACGCUCGAAAUUGUCAUUGAUAGAGAAGCAGAUAACAUCGAAAAUGAAACUAAGAAAUGUGAAAAAAAUAUUCGAAGAUACAGAAAGGGGCACAUCUGAGUGUUCAUUUGGAGAAUCGAAAUUUGGACAGUCUCUUAGAUACCAAAGGAGGAAGUCUGCACAUCAGAAGAAGGAUCCCAAAAGGCCUACCCUCGCCGAUAGACCCAAAUUCCGAUCUGCCGUGAAAGCUGAAUCUUUACGUUAUGAAGACCUGUUCAAGCAAACUCCAGAUAUUACUAAAAGAAUCAGAAAAGUUCGAGAAAUCAGGAAAAAGUUUAUGGAAAAAUCUAAAAAUGGUACUGAUGGCAAAAGUUCUUCAAACUUAUAUAACGUCAGAAAUACAAGGAAUCGUUACCUUGCAACUCCUUUUUCUAAUUAUAGUAAUUACAGCCUUGCCUAUAAAGGCAGAACUCCAAGACUACAUAAACGAUACCAUUUACCUCAGAUGCACAAUUCUCGUAUAAGAGAUUACAGUUUAAAUGAUAAUAAGAGUAGUACGAGAGGCAGAAUCGGAAGCACAGAUGAACUGCAGAGUGAAGAUUUCCAACAAGCUUCAAAUAUUUUACAAAGACAUGGCAGUAGGGAUAAAAUGUUAUAUGAAAUGAAAAAAAUGGUUAAUGAGGCUGUGCAAGCUGUAAAAGGAUCAAAUCGUCUUAAGCAUUCUAUAUGUUUGCCAGAUGAGAAAAAAACAUUUAGAAUUAAAGCAAGAGAAAAAAAUCGAAAUAGCAAAACGGGAAUGAGUGACAUUUCUCAUACAAUGCAAUCAACUACAAAUUCAGAUAAAAGCGAUAACUCAAAUUUUUCAAAUGACAAGAAAAAAAAUGAAACUUUUGUAACAGUAAAACAAGAGGCAGGUCUUCAAAACAUAAACAAAGAAGAAAAUAAAGUAUCUACUGAAGUUAAAGUAUCCAGAGAUUUCGGUGGUCCAGGACUAAAGGUAUCAGUAAUAAGUAAGGUCUCUGGUAAUGAGGAAACAGAAGAUAUGCCACAGCCGAGAAGUACGAAAGAUAUCCGUGAAGCUAUCAGUAUUCUGAAGGAAUAUAUCGCUCUGAAAAACAACGAAAACCUGGGUCGCCUCGAAUCAAAGAGCGUUCAUAAAGGAAAAGAUAGAUCCUUGAUGCUAACGAGCAUCAAAUCUGAUGAAUUAUUCAAAGAAAAGAACACAACUUCAGAAACUGUCGCAAAAACUGAAGUAAUAAUAGAGCCUAAUUCUCUUGAAAGUAUACCGAAAGAAGAAGCUUACGAAGAAGAAGCGGAGGCAAGAUCUAAUGAGAAUUCGAUCUGGAAUAUCAGCCAAGAAAUAAUGGAUGAAGAAGCUGAUCGAACAUAUCAAACCUACGCUGUAACGAUGCUUAUGCCGAUGGAUAGCGGGGUGGAGGAUACGCGUUUCUAUAGCCCCUUCCAGUUCGAAAACAUGUUUCUCAAUCGAACAAGCAACAGAUUCAUGCAGGAUCAAAUUGGAGACUUAAGUGACAACGGAUGGUCCUCCUGGGACAGCCCCAUCUGGCAUAGUCUUCAUAUGGAUGAUGGCUUCACCACUACCGUAAGGAACGAAAGUGAUUCCUUAUAUGUGAAUACCAGUGAGGAACACAUGAAUUACGACAUAGGAGAGACUGGUGAAGAUAUUUCUAUAAUGCAACACCAACAGAUUAACACAACUAUUUCUACCAUGAGUGUGGUGGUCGUUGAUAGUGGUUCAAGAUCCGGAAGGAGUUCUUACUUUUCAAUGAUGUCAUCGGCUGCCUAUGGACUAUACCGAAUUUUCAUAAAUUCCAUCAUAAGAUCGGUGGCCAUAUUUUUUAAACCUUUCUGUAUAAUUGCAGCUUUCAAACUAAGGAGAAAUGAAAACAAUCAGUGAGAAUAAUGAAGAUUGUACGUUCUUUUUAUUUUAUUUUUUUAAGUUUCUUAAAUGAGUAUUGGGUAUAUUAACUCCUUAUGUAAAUAAAGUAAAAUUUACAAGAUUUACUUUAUUACAAUCAUCUAUGUAAUAUUUUAGCCUGAACUGAGUAAUUAAAUCUAAUUCAAUCUUGA